UGCACACACGGUCGACUGAGAUCUAUUCGCAGAGCGAGCUGCAGUGAGAAGAAGCCUUGUCCUCCUGGGUUUUCGAGGUUCUGUUUGCUUCACCCUCCAAAUCCAUUAACGGUGAACAAUGUAGCAGCCGACGACGAUUCAUUACCGGGAGGACAUUCAAAACGAACUCACGGGACCGCUCGCAGAACGGACGUUAAAUCUCAGUUUCAUUGGAGGUCAUCUAAACCUGAAAUCCCCUUUCUCCUUGGGAUCUAGAAAAGCGGGUAUUUGAUUAGUGGAUAUUUGUCUGACAAAUCUAACCGCAAUGUAACGACAUUUUUAGAGUGGUAGGCUAUCUUUCUAAGGCGUGGAUGUCCGUUAUUGUUCGAUGAGAUGUGAGAUAGUUCUUGUCGUGAUUUCUGCUGCAGUCCUGCAGUUUUAGCCUACAUCGGCUGUAUAGGGAACAAUAGCCUACAAUCUGUGGGUGAAUAGGUCUUUGGUGGUGAAACCGCUAGGCUUCAAGUUCCCACAUUGCAAAAUGAGACUUGGUUACAUUCACGCAUAGCGUGGACCGGAAUAGGGCAUUAUCUGUCGUCCUGGCUAAACGUUGGGAAUGCGGUAAUGGAGAACAGGAAUAAUCCAAUAUAGAUAGCCUAACCACGCGUGGCUGGAAUCAACGAACAGACCGGAGGGAACGAGAAUGUUGGCGGCCCUGGAAAUUGUAGCACGGUAAAUCAAUCAACGACCGACUCUGAGUAACCGAAUGAUUGCUGAUUUGACUGUGGCGUCUGUGGAUGGUAUUCUACCCCAAAACAAACCGUCAAUAACGGAUAAUCUAUAUUUGAAUUGAUUACGGAAUCACAUCAACGAUAACAACCCACUCGGCGCAUUACACUAUUCCAAGUUCAGAAGAGAAUCAUAGCCUGUGCGUGGGCGUUGUUGACCGGAGGGGACACAUCAUAUUUCGGGUUGACAGAUUGGUAGUGACACCGGCAGGUCUGUGUGUGUGAGAAGAGGAUGGCAGCGGUAGUAAACUACUCUCCCCCGUGGUGGGUCAACCUGCUCCACCGCCUCCCCCACUUCAACCUGCAGUUUGAGACGGUCAGCAGCGACUUCAGACCCGAGGACUCAGAGUACCAGAAGUCGGUGCUGUUGCUAGGCGGAAUAGCAUUGGUGUGUCUGGCUCUGGACCUCCUCUUCCUCCUCUUCUACUCUUUCUGGCUGUGCUGCCGACGACGCAAGAACCAUGACGACACACACUCUCACUCACACACACACACACACCAGCCCCCCAACCCUGACUGCUGCUGUACCGCCUGGUGUGUCAUCAUCGCCACGCUCGUCUGCAGUGCCGGCAUCGCCGUGGGUUUCUAUGGAAACGGGGAGUCAUGUGACGGAGCCAACCGCCUGGUGUAUUCUCUACGGCACGCCAACCGCACCGUGGCAGGGGUCGGCAAACUGGUGGCGGACAGUGCCCUGUCUCUGAACCAGACAGUGGAGGGAGGUCUGGUCCAGUUGGAGAUGGCCUACUCUGAACAGACUGACUAUGUGUCCAUCGUCCAGAAGCUACAGGGUCAGCUGGAUGAACUGGUUAGACUGAUGGUGGACAUACCCUUCUGGAGUACCUCUGAUAUCUCACUAGAGGACCUGGCCAUCAAGACUGAAGCCUUUGACUGGUACAGGUGGCUGGUGUACCUGACUCUGCUGCUGUUUGAUGUUCUGAUUUGUCUGCUGGUUCUGUUCGGACUGAUACGCAACUCUAAAGGCACUCUGAUUGGGGUGUGUUUGUUGGGUGUUCUGACUCUCGUCAUCAGCUGGGGGUCUCUGGGACUGGAGCUGGCAGCUGCCGCGACGGCCAGCGACUUCUGCGUUUCCCCGGAUACUUACAUCACCAGGGUAACCAAGGAGAACGCUGUCAUCAACCAAGAUAUCCUGCAGUAUUACCUGAGGUGCAGCAGUGGCCAAUCAAAUCCUUUCCAGCAGAAGCUGUCUGGCAGUCACAAAGCCCUGGUUGAGAUGCAAGAUGACGUGGCAGAACUACUACAAUCAGCUAUACGGGAUUACCCCAACACCAAGGGGAAUCUGGAACAGAUCCAGACCGUAUUGAACUCUACUGAGGUUGGCCUUCAUCAACUCACCGCUCUAGUCGACUGUCGCAGCCUGCACAUGGACUAUGUCCAGGCUCUAACAGGGUUGUGUUAUGAUGGAGUGGAAGGGCUGAUCUACCUGGUGCUGUUCUCCUUCAUCACGGCUCUCAUGUUCUCCUCCAUCGUCUGCAGUGUGCCGCACACCUGGCAGAGCAAGAGGACGGAUGAUGAGGAUGGCGAAGACGAGUCUGGCGCCCACGGCAAUCGGGGGGCGGGUCCUCAUGAUAACCUGUACCGCGUGCACAUGCCCAGCCUCUACAGCUGUGGUAGCAGCUACGGCAGCGAAGCUAGCAUCCCCGCUACGGCCCACACUGUCAGCAAUGCCCCUGUCACUGAGUACAUGAGCCAGAACGCAAACUUUCAGACCCCCAGGUGUGAGAACACGCCUCUGAUUGGCAGGGAAUCCCCUCCACCCUCUUACACCUCGAGUAUGAGGGCCAAGUAUCUGGCCACCAGUCGACCGGACCAGAACCGACGGUCAGUCCCCAAUGACCAGUUGGACCCGGCCAGCCGACCACAUCCCCUCGCCAGACCACAGUCCUCUGUCCACUAGAACCUUCCAGAACCUACCAAAACAUACCAGAACCUACUAUAACCUACCAGAAUCUUCUAGAAAGAACUCAUCAACCACUAAAGAACAGGAACAAACCCAGUACCAAUUCUUCAUUCCACUAAAGAACCACAACCCACGAGAACCACCAACUCCUUAGAACCUAUUGACACAGUAGUCCACUUAUAGAACCAGAACCACUAAGGAUCAUAACCACCUCCUCAGCCCAUAGGAACCACUAAAAUAAUACUUAUCUGAUUCACCUGAACAGACCACAGUGGGUUGAAAAGCAGAGCCAACCAACGGACCAACCAGCCCAACUCACCAGCACCAACACUCUAGAACAGAACCUCAACACAUCAGCCAACCAACACCAACCUACCUACAGACUCCAGAAGAUCACCAUGAACCCUGUAGAUACCCCCCCCACCUCAACUCCAUCCACCCCUCUCCCCUACAACCGUCCCACAGUCCCACUCAGCUUUACACCAUCUCAAACUGGAUCCCUCCACCUGUCUUUACUAAGUAUACUGCCCUCUGGUGGUGACUGCAGGUAUGAGCCUGAGCCAUUCACAGACACACACACACAUCCUGUAUAGAACUGUAAAUAGUGAACUAGUAUGAGUUACAUUCUUGAGGAAGACUAAACUGAAACAUGGUGGUAUCUAGAUGUAUUUAGUGUGUGUGUUUCUAAGGACUGACGCUGUAUCACGUUCUAGGCUACACACACACACACACACACACACACACACACACACACAUACACACACACACACACACAUAGAGGCCUGUACGUGUGUGUGCCUCUCUUUACUCUACCUGCCUCUGUAAACAACCCUCCUGCCAUCUAAUCUACCAAGCCACUAGGACACAGAAUCUGACUGCAAAACGGCCCCUGCACUCUGCAAAACGCUCCCAACAUUCCUGUAACAUCUGGUGUUUUUGACUUUACUGCAAAGGGCUGUUGUGCAGACAGACCAUGUGGCCUGAAACUGAAUCAGAAAGCCAUGUUGUGGAGUAACCACUCUCUCUAAUAUCUGUAUAAAGCUGUAGAUAGAUUUAGCCCCUACUGCACAGCAGUGCUGUGUUCCAUUUAACCUGUGUAGGAGCCACGUUAACUAACUACAUGUAUGACUAGAACGUGAAUCGUGAGCUCUCUCUUGAGUGUGUUCCGUGUUCUGAGUGUGUUUGCGUGCGUCUAACGCACAUGUAAAUAGGAGUCCAGGACCGAACGGAACAUGGUGGAAUUCCAAACAUUCUGAAAUCCGAUUCCAGAUUCCCGGAGAAAGAGUUUGCGUUCUCAAACUAACUCUGGGACUGGAGGAAAAGAGGAAAGGACAUGGGAGAGCUCACCUGUGGACUAAUAACUCUGAAUAAUGAGGGAUGCUGAACUCUCCUAAACUAAAGGACAUGGGAGAGGUCACCUGUGGACUAAUAACUCUGAAUAAUGAGGGAUGCUGAACUCUCCUAAACUAAAAGACAUGGGAGAGCUCACCUGUGCCAAAUAACUGAAUAAUGAGGGAUGCUGAACUCUCCUUACCCCCUCAUUUCUUUUUUAGUUCCAUAAUUCUCAGAAAGGGAAAAUAAAUCCUGGAUAAUGUUGGAUCAUACGGUGAAAGACAGAGAAAUACUUUUAAAAUAAAAUGUUUUUAAUUUAAUAUAACUUGAAAAUGAAGCAUUGGGUGCUGUGACCAACGUUCUCUUUAAAAAAAAUAAGAAUUUUUACUUUACUGCAUUUUUAUUAUUUUGUCAAACAGUGAUCUUUAACGACCUCAGACUGAGAGUAAAGGUCACGAUGAGGUUAGGGUUCACAACCUUUCUCAAACGGGACCUUUUUUCUUCUUCUCAGAAGCACAAAUGAUCUUGGAGGUGACUAUGGGAGACGGAAAAGAAGACACUCACGUUGAUGUGAAGUGUGUGCGUUGUGGGAACACUUAAGCCUCGUGAAACCAGCCUGAUCUCACGUUAGCUCUUGUUUUGUUUCACGGUGAAGUGAAAGGAAACGUGAGCGGUGCAGCGGUCUGUCUCCUUGACCAGGUUAGGGGCCGACCAUAGAGUUAGAUAGAGGCCUCGCUAAAGACCAAAUCUAACUUACUAGGUACUCUAUUUAACUCUGUGGGGCUGCCAGUAGUUCUCUAUGUCUAGGGGCCGACCAUAGAGUUAGAUAGAGGCCACUCUAAAGCCUAAUCUUACCUUACUAGGUACUCUAUGUAACUCUAUGGGGCUGCCAGUAGUUCUCUCUCUCUCUCUACUAUGUGCUGUAAAGUGUAUGAUGAUAAUAAUAGUGUAGCUGUAAUCUCUCUCAUCACUCUUGUGUGUGAUGGCUCGUCCAGUGUAGUCUUGGUAUUGAUCUCUUCUCUCUCUUCUGUGUGCUGUCUGUCUGUACGUACAGUACAGUGGUCUGUGUGUGCGGUUGCCGGCAAGUUAAGGGCUUGGUCCUUAGUAUUAACCAAUCUUCAUCUAAUAAGCACACACACACACUAACAUUCAUCGCAGACCCACACAUCGCAGACCCACACAUCGCAGACACAAACAUUGUGGACACACAUUGCAGACACACACAUCAUGGACACACACACACACACACACUGUUCUUUAUAUCUAGCCAUUGUCCUGUGAACUGUCACUCACACACAUAGAACUGCAGGACCCAUACACCCUCACUCCUUUAAAUUUGACACUGGUUAGUAUUUGCAUCAUGGGAAAUGUAGUGUAUUAACUAGAGGGAUUUCCAGUUAAUGGGAGAAAGAGUCCAUAGGAAUGAUCGUUCGAACAAUCUUGAUUAACUCUCUCUGGGUAGAAGUUGCCUUUAACCACAGAUCUAGGAUAAAUUGACCCUCCCAUAAUCCUAAUCUUAACCAUUUAGGGGGAACACAAAAACAUUUCUUAGAUCAGUGUCAAGGAAGCAACUUCAUCCUACCAUGACAAGCUCAGUGUGUUUGUAUAAUUUACUGUGAAUGAAAGACCACUUCUCUGUCGUUUUCAGCGAGACAAUCGUAACCGGUGUGAUUCCACUCAUUUAAAUAUUCUGUUCAUCGCGUCACCAUGACAACGCUACCUAUACUACUGCGUUUGCAUGACGGGACAAAAAAACCGUUGGAAACUAAGAACCAAUGGCCUUUUCUUAAAGUUUUAACACUAACAACUCUUCAUAUCACACGUGUUAAUUUCUCUGUCUUCUAAAAAAUAAAUCUAAAAAAACAAUAGCUAGCUCUUUUUGUAGGGUAAUAAUGCUAAUAAUGGCACCAUUUUGUUUUCUGUUUUUCUUUAUAAUAAUGCUGAAUGACUGUGUCUUGCAUUGCAUCUUUUUUUUGGAUAAAAACGUACUGUAGACUUGAUUUUUUUGAUGGUUGUUUUUAUUGUACCCGGCAGCAACAACGGUUUACUAAGAUAAUAAUACUGUCUGUUAUAAACUGUGGUGGUGACAUCAUUCAGCCUGGAAUCCAUGUUUUAAAAACAGAAUUAAAGCAACUUUAACUGAC